AUGGAUUGUGAAGCAAUGGAGAUUUUGGAAGGAGCCCAAAAUCACCUUCUUGCAUCAUCCAAGGAUCCCGAGAUAAAAAUGCCCCGAUCAUUCAAUAAAAGCACUACAACAUUCAAAUACGGAAGCCGAAUUCAUCGAGAUGUCCAAUCUGUGAGACAAGUCUUAGACACCAUCAAAGUUAAUGGAGUUACAUAUAGCGAGAUAUGCAUCGGGAACAUCCUACCAGAGUUUGUUGAUGAGGUUUAUGGACAACAGGGAGGGAUCAACAAAAGACGUGUUGAGGUAUAA